CUACGGUGAUCUUAUACUGUUGCAAGUCGCCAAGCUAAGUGGGCGUUUCACUGGGCAAGGUGUGAUGCCACAACUUCCCUUGGUGCUGAGAUGCUGAAUCUGGGACUUUGACUCAAAGUAUAUAGUACCCUCUGAGUCUGAAGAGGACGCAACAAGCCAAAAUGUCUCUCCCAAGCACUCUGGCCCCGCUCCCAACAAUGCCUCCCAUGCAGCCCAUCGUGUCGCCGCACGUGGAACGCGCCCUCGCCGUCACCUUCAUCGUUCUUUACGGGCUUCUCUUUCUCUUCAUCUACAUCCAGCUGUUCUUGAUCCUAUACUACGGGCACAAGCGCUUCAGUUAUCAGACCGUGUUUCUCUUUCUGUGCCUGUUCUGGUCGGCACUAAGGACUACCCUCUUUUCCUUUUACAUCAUCAAUGCAUCUGAGGUGAAUAUGCUUGCAUUCAUCGUCUACUGGCUUCUGCUUGGGUUUCCUGUGUGUCUCCAGUUCACUAGUCUCUGCUUGCUUAUCUUAUAUUUUGCCCAGGUGAUAUUAAAAGUGCGAGUGCGGUUCGAUCCCGACCAGUACCGGCGCUACAAGUGGCGCCUUCGACUGGCCAUAAUCAUCCUGCCCCUGGUGUUUACUCUGAUCAACCUGGUCUCCGGGAUCCUGAUCCGGGAGCUCGCAAGCCAGGAGGCCAAACACGACACCCUUACCACUAGGGUCAUCCUCAACGAGGGACUCUUCCUCCUUGCUGCCGUCUGGCUGUCCGUCUGCAUCUGGAAGAUAACGCACAUGACGUCAGCCAACGUGCUUCUCGAGGCAAGGGGGACGACAGUUGGUCAAGCCUGUGUUGCGUGUGUAGUUAUUAUCCUGCUGUAUGUCACCAGAACUGUGUACAAUGUCAUAGCCGUGUCUUGGGUCCAGUGCCCUUCUUUCGGAUACGACUGGAUCAACGUUUCCGAUCAGGCCGACCUAAUUCAGCUAAAAGGAAACCACUUUCUUGCAUUUGGCGUCGUCCUGUUUGUAUGGGAGUUCCUACCUACUUUCAUCCUCGUUGUUUUCUUUCGUGUCAAAAGAUUUGCUUCAACCGUGCAAAUCGUUCCAGAAGUGAAAUCCGGAAGCAAGACGCCAUCAAAAGCAUAUUUCUUUGACAAUCCAAACCGUUACAAUAGCGAUGAUGAUCUGUCCAGAACCGUUAGUACUACAGACAUGAGGCAUAAUUCACUGAAUGACAUCCCAUCGUUGUUAAACACACCGCAGAGUAUGCCCCAGGUUGGGUAUGGCGCCCUCUUUAAAAGCAGCAGUUAUUCAGGUCAACAUCAUCCGCUACCUGGCACCACACCUCCCCUCUUAUUCUCUGGCAAUGCAUCGUUAUCAGGUGGCCAUAGCAGUCAGAUCUAUGACUGACACAGAAAGACACAUGUGGGACUGAAGUGAAGGGUUUGCGGGACACCACAAAGGUAUUUUGGACAAUGUUUAGGAGAUAUGUAUCUAUGCUAAUUUAUCACAUUUGAAUAUUUUUGAUGAUGUAAUAUGAAACUAUUUAUGAACAAAAUAUGACAUAUCAAUGGCUCCACAGUACGACUGAAGUGUAAAUUAAAUGAUGAAUUGAAUUGAAUGUAAAUUUAGAAUUGGAAUUUGAACACAAAUGAAACAUUGUCUGUAAGUUUGCCAAGAUGAUGUGUUCAUUAGAUGUUAUGAUAAUUUUCCAUCUGCCUUGUAGAAAGCCAAUAUUUAUCCAUUCCUAAGUUUAUUUUCAUGUUUUUUGUGUAUCAAUUGGUAAUACUUGAUUUGAGAAAGUUUUCAGCACUUAAAUGUGAAUGGAACAUUGGAAUCUGAUAAUCAGAAUAUUUGAACAACACCUGAAGGGGCUUUCACAAUUGGUCAUGGACCGUUGCGACAAUCUGGUUAGAAAUUUAUCUUUUGUAUAUGAUCGCAAGUCGCUAAUAAUCGCACAACCAAUUGUGAAAGUCCCUUUCCCAUUUGCACUGGCAAAAUCACAAUGAUAUUAAAUAAGCCUAGCUUCUAGUUGGACACCAAAAUACAUUGUGCACUACCUUACUACGUUAUUAUAUUGUUUUUCUCAAUAUCGUUGUUUAAUUUUUGUGUUGAUAAUUCUGUUGCCAAAGAGUAAAUUACUGUUUAUUAAUGUGUGUAAUCAGACUUCAAAAGUCAAUAAAUUAUAUUCUAAAUCUUUGAGAUUGCUGCGUAUAAU